AUGAACGCAUUGGAGAGCUGCGAUGUACCAGCCAUGCGUGUUCCAGAUAUGGAAAGGAUUCGUGCUGCCCGUCGUAAGCGUCAACAACAACUUAAACGAUGGGUUCAAUAUGACAAAACAAUGGAAAAGAAGGAGAAGAGGACCCGUACCUCAACGUCUCCUCCUCCAGGUUCUACGCCUGGUGGACGUCAACAUCCUGGUUUUGUGCGCUCUGUUCAGUUUUCGCAGGCAGUCAUUCUUUUAGAAGCUGCUGCUCGAGAUGAUUUGAACGAGGUGCGCAAAUUGCUAAACCAAGGCGUUUGCCCCAACGUGACAAACAUGGACGGAUUGACGGCAUUGCAUCAAUGCUGUAUCGACAACAACCAGGAGAUGUGUCGCCUACUCAUUCGCUUUGGAGCGGACGUGAACGCUCGGGACACGGAGCUGUGGACGCCCCUGCAUGCGGCUGCCACUUGCUGUCACGCGGACCUUUGCAAACUCCUCAUCGAUAAUGGUGCCGACCUCCUUGCCGUAAAUGCUGAUGGGAACAUGCCCUACGAUAUCUGUGAAGACGACGCCACCCUCGAUCUCAUUGAAAGUGAAAUGGCAAGCAGAGGCAUAACCCAGGAGGAUAUUGACGAGAAACGUCGUGUUCCCGAGCGCGAAAUGCUCGCGGCAAUGGAACAUUUGGUUAAAACCUCCGGCGACUUAAACCAACUUGACAGUCAAGGCGCGGCUCCUUUGCACAUCGCGGCAGCGUGUGGCUACUUGGACGUAGUUGGCUUCCUUCUCCAGCAUGGAGCGAACAUUGAUUUGCCCGACCGAGAUGGCUGGAUGGCCAUUCAUGUGGCCGCAUGCUGGGGACAGUAUGAAGUGAUAGAAAUGUUGACCAACUUUGGUGCCAAAUUGGAUACACCAACUGUAAAUGGCGGCGAGACGGUGUUCGACAUCUGCGAGGAUGAGAAACUGCAUGAGCGUCUGGUGCUCCUCAGGGAAGAACUGAAACGCUGGCAAUCCUUCCAUUUAGUCCAAAAUCAAAUCAAUGCAUCCAAUGGCAACAGUGAUGUUAACAACAGAAACCGUGGUGGACUCAGUCGACGUCGGAGCAGCAAUCCUCGAAGGCAAGAGUUUCUUGAAUAUGACCAAUUUCCCAGGGAAUUGGCAGAAGCUUCCUCUAUCCGACGAACAAGCAUGCGAGACAAGGCGAAACUGUCGUGGAAGGAGGCGCGCCAGGAAGCGGAGACGUGCUCUCUGGUCGUGCCUACAGCUGACGGCGAUUCUGUGGAGGAGGUCGUGAAGACGCCAGUUUGGAUGACUGCAGUUGACGACUCCAACGGAGGCCCGAUCAUGCACAACAGCAAUCCCCCUGAGGCUCCUCACCCCCCUCCUGACACCCACCGGCGAUGGGGUGCUCAACCCUCCAACUCCUUACCAGCAAAUGCGCGCUUGAGGCCUUCCAAUGCUCUUCCAAUCAAAAGCACGCCUGAUCCCUCAGUGGUCGACGGUCCCCGAUUAUCCUCACACAAGUCGGAUUCUCUCGGUCGAAAGAGAGCCGCCGAGUCGCCACAGCUGCGUCCACGUCUCACUUCGCGGUUGGGCGAGUCAGUUGCACCGAUUCGCGCCCCUAACGGAGCUCAGCCAAGUUCCCAAGCGCCACCGCCACCGGCCCAUCAACAACAGACUAUAGCUUCAGCGAACGGCGUGGGCCAAACAAAUGUGCACCUGCACAACGCCUACUAUUCUCUGGGCUCCCAGCAACCGUCCACGGCCGCAAAGGGGCGGUUGCAGGGGCGUGUCCCGCCGCACAUUCUCCUCUCCACUGGCGCAAAGCCUGUGGUCAGUACAGCUCCUGGAGUCAUCGCCUCUCCUCUCCAGCCCGGUGCCAGUCUCACCCGACCACCACUGAAGCGCGACCUCCUCAUCAACGACUCGAGGAAGCUGGAGGAGAGCAGUUCUGGAAACAGCGGCAAGUGCUGUGUCCUCAUGUAA